AUGCUCAUUGGCCUAAGUGGAGGUAUCUGCGCCGGAAAGCAUGCCGUUGCAGAGUAUUUAAUCCAACACCAAGGCUUCCGACUUCUCGAAUUGAAGAACAACGGCGUCUCCCAUACCGCCCGUGAUCCCCGGCUACAGCACAUAAACCUUACAAUUAAUCAGGAUUCGCGGUUGGAGUUUGAUACUGCCGAAUCCCUUCUCGACUUCGCUACGAAGAGAUGGCAAGAACACUGGGUCACCACACACAGCUGGAAUGUUGCGACCCUUGACCGUUUCCUGCAGCGCCCUUUUUUCCUCCUGGUGAGCGUCGAUGCACCGGUCAGCCUGCGAUGGAAGCGCUUCGCGGAAAGAUGUGAAAAAAACCAACUCGAAGCCCCGCACCUCGAGGAAUUCGUUCUCUGGAAUGACAAGCAACUCUACGAGAAAAAUGUCGGUCGUGCAGUCCUCACCGACCGAGCGCAACUCCGCCUGUUUAACUCAUCAUCGUCCCUGGAUGAGCUACACGCCGCUCUAAAGGCGCUCAAUCUAGCCGAUGAACAACGCCUACGCCCAAAUUGGGAUCAGUACUUCAUGGAACUCGCGUCUCUUGCCGCACAACGAAGUAACUGCAUGAAACGCCGAGUAGGUUGCGUUCUUGUCAGAGAACGCCGCGUUAUCAGUACCGGCUAUAAUGGAACCCCUCGGCACCUACAAAACUGCAACGAGGGUGGAUGCCCGAGAUGCAACCGUGGUGAGGGAGGAGGAGUUGGCCUGUCGACGUGCCUUUGCCUCCAUGCUGAAGAAAACGCCUUGCUGGAGGCGGGGAGGGAGCGCAUACGAGAAGGCUCAAUUUUGUAUUGCGACACAUGCCCUUGCCUGACUUGUACUGUCAAGAUUGCACAGGUUGGAAUUUCGGAGGUCGUGUACUCGCAAGGCUAUAAUAUGGAUAAGGAUAGUGCGGCAAUUCUUGAAGCGGCAGGCAUACGUUUAAGACAGUUUUCUCCCCCUCGGAAUGGUCUCAUCUACCUCGAAGACCCAGAAGGGAAAUAA